GCCGCGCGGGGCGUCGGGGACCGCGGGGAGCAGCGCGGACCGCGCGCCCGCAGGGGGGCGCGGCGCACGCCCGCGGGGGAGGCAGCGCGGGGCCGCGGGGAGGCCGCGGGAGGCCCGGCGAAGGCGUGGCGUCGCGUCGCGUCGCAGGGGCUGCGGGCUGUGAGGAAGAAGAGGAGGGAGCGGGAAGAAGAAGAGAAGGGAGUGGAGCUGCUUCGCCGGCCGGCGGUGGAGGUUCACCGGCAGCUCGCCGGCGGCUGGCCGGCGACGGCGGGAUGGGGACCAAAAAGCCUAGGCUGUGAUAGCAACUCAACUCUAUUGCAAUGCCACAAUAGGGCAGAUAUGGGUGUAAGACGUUAUGCAACUCAAACCCAAAACGUGCAUACGAAAUCUUCUAUUGCAACUAUCAAGCGAGCUGAUCCCAAAGGGAAAGUGAACGGGCCUAAACUUGAUGAUGGCAGUGGGGCCUUUCCUCCAUUCCGCUUUGGUAAAGGCGGGGGAGGUGGUGGUGGCGGGGGAGGUAGCAGAAACUAUUUUGGGCGUUUUUCCUAUUUGCCUGUGUAUUCCUUCAUUCUGGAUUACCUGAAGGAAGCCGAGAAAAACCUGCUUCAACAAGGCCAUGGUUCAGGAGAUCAAGCAAGCAUUGGUCUGGCACAACAACCAGUUUCAUUUCAGCUACCAAUAGUUGAUUGUGUUUGCUGUUAACUUAAGCUUGUUCAAUGCUGAUGUGACAGUUGACCCCGAGCACAUUAAUGUAUUACUUUCAUGAAAGAGUGGGUUUGGUUAUCA